AAUAAAUGCUCCCCUCACACCCAAAACUUUAAGGGAAGGGUCUAGAAGUUCAGUUACACGUCUGCACCGUUGAAUCUAUACCCUAUUCAGGACAAUGCCACGCCGCAAAAGUCUCUUUGUGCCAUUUAUCUCCAGAGACGCAGACACUGGUGCGGAUUUGAAAGUGCAAGCGCAUCGUAUAGACGGUCCACAUGGAGCUCUUGUGCAGACCAGUUGGAUAGAAGAGAGGGCAGAGCGCAGGGGCAAGUGUGACCCGUGCGCUAUUGUGGAGCUCAGAUUGCCAGGGCUCAGAUACAUUGAGCAGGACCGGAGCACCAUCGAUAGAGCGCAAAGGCGUCGGCGUAUGGCUGCAAACUCCCGCGAGAGGAGGAGGAUGCUCGGGCUCAAUGUCGCAUUCGACCGCCUCAGGAGCGUCAUCCCCAACCUGGAGAGCGACAAGAAGCUGUCCAAGUCAGAGACUCUUCAGAUGGCGCAGAUCUACAUCUCGACGCUCAGCGAGUUGUUGCAGGACAGGCCCUGCGGCACGGAAUUCAGCACCACUGAACUUGAGAGCACCGAGCAAGUGCGCACGGUCCCAACUGGCAUGCCAACAGUGAACGAUACAGCAGAAGACUCAACUGUUGAGCUACCUGGGCCAGGAACAUACGAUACCGCAUGUAGAGACAGUGGGAACUUGAUGCGUGCACCCUGCGAAGACCAGAAGACAGAGCUUAGAGGGUUUAUGAACCUGUGGGAGAGAACUAGUGGCACAAAAUAACUGGUUUUAUUUGUUUGUGCUUCGUAAUUGUUUAUUUUUUUCCCAUAAAAAACAUGUUGAUUCGUGUUUGAUACCUUAUGUAGAUUAUCUGGCUCAAGUAAAAACACAUUUUAACAA